AUGCCCGAGAACGCUCAAACGCGAGCUCUUGCGAUCCCAGAGAUCGUAAGCUCAAUACUGCAACAGAUGGACAUGCGCACACUGAUCACCGCUCAAAAAAUCAGUCGCACAUGGAAAGAUCUGAUCUGCAAUACGCAGUCACUGCAGGAGACUCUUUUUUUUCGACCAAUCAGUCACGAUUAUGACAUCAGCGCUCGAGUCAACAACCCGCUACUGGCAGAAGCAUUCCCAUCGGUUUUCCCAUUACAAGACCGGGACAAUGCCGAAGAACAAUGGAUCUCGCUAACCGAUCUUACCUGGGAGAAAAACGCCGCAGUUCGAAAAAUGUUCAUUCGACCAGAAGCAAGCUGGCGCCGAAUGCUCACACACCAACCGCCUCUCUACCGAGUCGGUGGAUUCGAGUCCAACUGUACGCCUUUUGGCUGGAAUUGGAGUCAGAAAAGAGCGACUGUUCCGGAAGAUGGACUCCGGAUGGCGCCGCUCUUUGAAUACCUCAUGGAUCGUCUUUGGGAGGAUUGGGCCUACGCGGAAUCGAUCGAGAUUUUUUUCCCAGCUUCUUUCCCUGCUGGUUUCCUUGAGUCGAAAACAUUUCAGAGAUUGGAUGGAGCUGAUUCGGCUUGCAAGGAAAUGAUGGGGCAGUUUGAUCUUGUGCUGGAUACGAGUAGUAGUACGACUUGUACGGCUGAGGAUGAUUAUGAGGAGGCCCAGGAGGAGAUGGAGAAGGAAGCUAAGGAGAAGGGCGUGAAGCUUCCGGAUACUGAUGUGACUAUCUGGAAAAGAAUUUGUGAAUGUUACCGGGAGUUCGGGUUGGAGAUGAAGGGCUUCCAGAUGGAGGAGUAUAAUGAGGGAAGUGGGGCGUGGGACUAG